AUGACUACGGAAUCCAAGUUAAGUUCAAAUGCCACAGAAGGAGUAUGCAAUCCAAUAAAAGAUCCCACAUGUCCCACUACUUCAACUACUAUCAGUACCACAUCAGAGUUCAACUCCUCUCUUACAAAAUCAACAGUAGAUAUAAAUACCACACAGGUAGUGUGCAAUCCCAAGCAAGAUCCCAUGUGUCCUACUACAGCAACUACCAUCAAUACCACAGCAGAGUUCAACACCUCAGCAACAGAAUCGACAUUAGAUGUCAAUACCACUGAGGGAGUAUGUGAUCCAAAGAAAGAUCCCACAUGUCCCACUACAGCAACUUCUAUUAAUACUACAAUAGAGUUCAACACCUCAGCAUCAGCAUUAUCUACAGAAUCAACAGUGCCAGUUAGUACGACAGAGGGAGUUUGUGAUCCUAAGAAAGACGUCACUUGUUCUACUACAAUGUCUACACUAAGUCAAACAACAAAGUUUAACACUACGACUACGGAAUCCAAGUUAAGUUCAAAUGUAUCAAAAGGAGUAUGCAAUCCAAUAAAAGAUCCAACAUGUCCCACUACUUCAACUACUAUCAAUACUAAAGCAGAGUUCAAUACCUCAUUUACAGAAUCGACCGUAAAUGUCAAUGCCACAAAUGAGGUCUGUAAUCCACUGAAAGAUGCCACUUGUUUUACUACAUCAUCUACUUUCCUUAAAACAACAGAGUUCACUACUACGGCUGCAGAAUCUAAGAUAGGUCCAAAUGCCACAGAGGGAGUAUGCGAUCCAAUGAAAGAUCCAACGUGUCAUGCUACAUCAACGGCUACCAAUACCACAGCAGAGUUCAACUCCUCUGUUACAGAAUCCACAUUACAUAUCAAUGUCACAGAUGAGGUGUGUGAUCCCAGAAAUGAUCCCAUGUGCCCAGCUACAUUGACUACUAUCAAUACCACAGCAGAGUUCAACACCUCAUUUACAGAAUCGACAGUAAAUGUCAAUGCCACAGAUGGAGUUUGUAAUCCGAAGAAAUAUGCCACUUGUUCUACUACAUCAUCUACUUUCAUUAAAACAGCAGAGUUCAACACUUCAACUGCAGAAUCUAAGAUAGGUUCAAAUGCCACACAGGGAGUAUGCGAUCCAAGGAAUGAUCCAAUGUGUCCCGCUACAUUAACUACUAUCAAUACCACAGCAGAGUUCAACACAUCUGUUACAGAAUCAUCAUUACAUAUCAAUGCCACAGAUGAAGUGUGUGAUCCCAGGAGAGAUCCCAUGUGUCUGGGUACAGUGACUACUAUCAAUACUGCAGCAGAGUUCAACACUUCAGCAACAGAAUUGACAUUAGAUGUCAAUGUCACAAAAGGAGUAUGUGAUCCGAAUAAAGAUCCCACAUGUCCUGCUACAGUAACUACCAUCAAUACUACAGCAGAGUUCAACUCCUCAGCAACAGUAUUGACAUUAGAUAUCAAUGCCACAAAGGGAGUUUGUGAUUCGAAUAAAGAUCCCACAUGUUCUGCUACAGUAACUACUAUCAAUACUACAGCAGAGUUCAACACCUCAGCAUCAGCAUCAAUUACAGAAUCAACUGUAAAUGUCAGUACAACAGGGGGAGUUUGUGAUCCGAAGAAAGAUGCCACCUGUUCCACUACAGUGUCUACUUUAAGUAAAACAGCAGAGUUCAACACUACGACUGCAGAAUCCAAGUUAAGUUCAAAUGCCACAGGGGGAGUAUGCGAUCCAAUGAAAGAUCCCACAUGUCCCACUACUUUAACUACUAUCAAUACCACAUCAGAGUUCAACCCCUCAUUUACAGAAGUAACAGUUCGUGUCAAUGCCACAAAUAGAGUUUGUGAUCCAGAAAAAGAUGCCACUUGUUCUACUACAUCAUCUACUUUCCUUAAAACAACAGAGUUCGCAGAAUCUAUGAUAGAUUCAAAUGCCACAGGGGGAGUAUGCGAUCCAAUGAAAGAUCCCGCAUGCCCCGCUACUUUAUCUACUAUCAAUACCACAUCAGAGUUCAACACCUCAGCAACAGAAUUGACAUUUGAUGUCAAUGCCACAAAGGAAGUUUGUGAUCCGAAAAAAGAUCCCACAUGUCCUGCUACAGCAACUGCUAUCAAUACUACAGCAGAGUUCAACACCACAGUAGCAGCAUCAUCUACAGAAUCAACACUACAAGUCAGUACAACUAAUGGAGUUUGUAAUCCGAAGAAAGAUGCCAAUUGUUCUACUACAAUGUCUAGUUCAAGUACAAAAGCCGAGUUCAACACUACGACUGCAGAAUCCAAGUUAAGUUCAAAUGCCACAGAGGGAAUGUGCAAUCCAAUGAAAGAUCCCACAUGUCCCACUACUUCAGCUACUAUCAAUACCACAGCAGAGUUCAACACCUCAUUUACAGAAUCAACAGUAUAUACUAAUGCCGAAUCUAAGUUAUUUUCAAAUGCCACAGCGGGAGUAUGCGAUCCAAUGAAAGAUCUGAUGUGUCCUGCUAUGUCACCUACUAUCAAUACCACACCAGAGUUCAACACCUCUAUUACAGAAUCCACAUUACAUUUCAAUGACACAGAUGGAGUGUGCGAUCACAGGAAAGAUCCCAUGUGUCUGGGUACAGUGACUACUAUCAAUACCACAACAGAGUUCAACGCCUCAGUUACAGAAUCAACAGUGCAUGGCAUUGCCACAGAGGAGGUUUAUGAUCCUAAGAAAAAUGCCACUUGUUCUACACCACCGUCUACUUCCAGCAAAACAGUUGAUUUCAACACUACAGCUGCAGAUUCCAAGUUAAGUUCAAAUGCCACAAAGGAAAUAUGCGAUCCAAUAAAAGAUCCCACAUGUCCUGCUACAUCAAUUACUAACAAUAUCACAGCAGAGUUUAACACCUCUUUUACAGAAUCAACAGUGCCACAGAGGGAGUUUGCAAUCCAAAGAAAGAUGCCACUUGUUCUACUACCCCUUAUAUUUUAA